AUGCCUUCUUCCGGAUCUGCCGCUUUGGAUGUUUUUUUUAUAUCACUGAAAGACGAACUGGCGCCCAAGUUGUCCAGCUCAGCUUUGAUCACAGUUCCAACUGAUCCGGAAGAGAAGGGAUAUACUCGAUGGAGUGAGUACAAUGCUCCCACCCCCGGGGCGAUUGUCACUCCGGCCACCGAGCAAGACGUUGCCGCCAUUGUUCAACACUGUAUAUCCCAUGGAAUACCUUUCCUAGCCCAGUCUGGUGGGCACGGAUGGUCCAGCACCCUUAACCUGGAUCACAGUGGGAUCAUUAUCAGCCUCAGGAAGCUGAACACCGUCACUUUUAGCUACGAUGGCACAGAGGCGACCAUUGAAGGCGGGGCUUUAAUCUCUGAGGUCAUGGAAGCUGCCUCACAAAAGAGCUCGCUUGUCAUUACAGGUAAUUGUAACUGCGUCGGCGCUCUAGGUGCUGCUCUGGGUGGCGGUUACGGCUACUUGACUGGCCUCCAGGGCCUUGCUAUCGACAACAUAAUCUCCCUAACUGUUGUCACCGGUACCGGUACCCUCAAGACCGUUACUGCUGAUAGUGAUCCCGACCUCUUCUGGGCCCUACGCGGCGCUGCCCCCAACUUUGGCAUCGUCACCUCCAUCGUGAUGAAGGCAUAUCCAGUGGAGGCCUCAGGCCAGUAUGCUUGGAUAGGAGCCCUCGUUUAUCCCGCCGAAAAGGUCGAGGCAGUUAUCAGGGCAAUCAGCAAACUCACCCUAACUCCAAAGAUGAACGUAUUCUUCUACUUCCUUACAUCUGGCGCCCCAAACUUUAUCCCACAGAUAGCUGUUACUCCAUGGUACUAUGGCACAGAAACUGAAGGGCGCGCUGCCUUUGCCUCCGUCAUUGAUAUCGGUCCCAUAGCCGAUACCACCAAGGUGAUGCAUUAUCCUAGGUGGAAUGACGGCGCUGCACAUUUCUGCGUCCGUGGCGGCUACAGGCCUGGGUUCGGUGUAGCGCUUUCUUCCAUCGUACCCGAAACAUGGAUGAAGGUAUGGGACGAGUAUGUCUCGUGGACGUCUUUGAGCGACACCGGCAGCAGCGUUGUUUUGAUGGAGGCAUAUUGCCUUAACAAGAUCCGAUCUGUCCCUAACCAUUCCUCAUCUUUUCCAUGGCGAAGUACAGUAGCUGUCAACGCUAUCGCUCUUCCUUUCUAUACUGAUAAGAAGUUGGAAGCGGAGGCCGUGUUGCUGGGCCAGCGUAUUCGAAGUCUCCUCCAGUCUACCGAUGGUCUAGGAUCCCGCGCCAUGUACGUCAAUUUUGCCCACGGAGACGAGGAUCCCGCAGAGGUAUAUGGUUUAAAUCUCCCUCGCCUACAAGAAAUCAAGGCUAAAGAAGAUCCAAACAACUUCUUCUGCCACUGGUUUGGGUUGGCCCGGCGUCUUGAGAGUCCUUCAGCAGCAGGGAUCGGAGGAGGUGCGCUUGACUCGACUAGUCACUAA